AGGAGGUUAGUGCUUGACUUUGGUUUGAGGACAUUUGGAUAACUUUUCAAUGAUCUCUAUUGUUUGAUGCCACAAGCCCUUGAACGCAGCGGUUUUAUUGCAUCACACGGAAGAAACAAGCACACGACCACGACUCAUCACGAAACUGCCACAAUACAGCACGCGGACGUUUAGGCGAUGGAGAAGCAGCCCUUGCCCACUGACGAUGACAAGACAGUAACCACUGAGUUAGAGGUCAAUGGCUACGCUGGUGAUGAGAGCCAGCAGGGCUCGUCUGAGCCUGCCGCUCGAGCUGGAUGGAACAGUAAAAUAGAGUAUUUUUUGGCUCAGGUGGGAUUCAGCGUUGGGCUCGGCAACGUCUGGAGGUUUCCAUAUUUGUGCCAUCAGAAUGGAGGAGGAGCUUUUCUCCUCCUGUAUGUGCUGCUGAUGCUGGUUGUGGGUAUUCCCCUGUUCUUCCUGGAGCUGGCAGCCGGUCAGGCCAUCCGACAAGGCAGCAUCGGAGUGUGGAAAUACAUCUCCCCCAAGCUCGCAGGGAUCGGCUACUCCAGCUGUGUGGUGUGUUUCUUUGUGGCUCUCUAUUACAACGUGAUCCUUGCAUGGAGUCUUUUCUACCUCGGGAACUCGUUUCAGCAACCUUUACCUUGGGAACAGUGUCCAGAACAGGGGAAUGUAACUGUAAAGGAAUGUGAAAAGAGCUCCCCCACAUCGUAUUUCUGGUACCGUAAAGCUCUGGAUAUCACAGACUCAAUUGAUGAGACGGGCUCUUUCAACAUCCACAUCGUCUGCUGUCUGCUGGCGGCCUGGACCAUCGUGUGCCUGGGAAUGUUCAAGGGUAUCAAGAGCUCUGUCAAGGUGAUGUAUUUCUCCUCCAUCUUCCCUUACGUGGUGCUGUUCUGCUUCCUCGUGCGUGGACUCAUGCUCGAUGGCGCCUUAGAUGGAAUCACCUACAUGUUUUACCCCAAGCUGGAAAUCUGGGCGGACAUACAGGUGUGGCGGCAGGCAGCCACGCAGGUCUUCUUUGCUCUGGGCCUCGGCUUUGGGUCCAUUAUUGCCUACUCCUCCUACAACCCCAAGAACAACAACUGCCACCGUGAUGCCUUCACUGUCUCCUCUAUAAACUUCCUCACAUCCGUGCUGGCCACUCUGGUGGUGUUUGCUGUGCUCGGCUUCCGCGCCAAAAACAAGGUCAUGGCAUGUGUAGUCAGUAAUGUGAAACUGCUGCCAGAGCCAAACGGUUUUGAGGACCGUAGCUGGAAGCCAGGCUUUGACUACUCUGAUCCCAGCUCUGUGGCCCUAGAGGACUACCGUGCCUGGUUUAAACAACAUGGAAACAAAAUCUCAGACAAUUUAACGGACUGUGACCUGGAAAAAGAGAUGCAGAAGGGUGUGGAGGGAACAGGUCUAGCUUUUAUUGCCUUCACAGAGGCCAUGUCACUCCUUCCUGGCAGCCCUUUUUGGUCAGCGCUCUUCUUCCUCAUGCUGCUGAACUUAGGACUCAGCACUAUGUUUGGCACUAUGGAAGGCAUCCUCGCCCCACUCACAGACCGCUUCAAGACUCUGGCCAACAACAAGACCAAACUCACAAUUUUCAGCUGCAUCAUUGGCUUUCUGAUUGGCCUGCUCUUCACCCAGCGCUGUGGGAACUACUUUGUUACCAUGUUUGAUGAUUACUCUGCCACCCUGCCGCUCAUCAUUGUGGUAGUUUUUGAGACCUUUAGUGUGUCUUGGAUGUAUGGAGCUGAUAGAUUCCUUGACGACAUUGAGGUCAUGCUGGGCUGGCGUCCCCCUGCAAUUUACAAGUACCUGUGGAAAUACAUUUGCCUGCUUGCUAUGCUGGGGCUGCUCGGAGCCACAAUCGUUCGCAUGUUCAUCACACGACCCACUUACAUGGCAUGGAACCAAGCAAAGGCUUCUGAGGAGCACCUGCCGUACCCUGGCUGGGCUCUGGCUGUUCUGGCUUUACUGAUCAUAUUUGCCAUGACGCCCACCCCACUGGCCUUUAUCCACUCUGUUCUGCAGGACAGGACGAAACAAAAAUCCAGAGAUACAGAGAUCGGUCAGUACAGCAUUGUUAGCACUGACGACAAGUGUGAAACUCCCAUGACUGACUUGUCAGAACUGGAUCAAAGGAACGGGGCUGCUGCCUCCUUGUCUUGAAUGUUGGACUUGAUUAUACACAGUGAGAAAUAACUUGCAGUAUGCAGACAAAAUUUUAGUCCAACUUUUGUUUAAUGUGGAAAAUGUGGAACUAAUAAUUUGUUGUCGCACAAAUCCCCAAUAACUGUUGAUUUUAUAGUUGAUGUCCAAAUGAGUAAAAUCAAUAUUUUAUAGUUUGCAAUAUAAGCCAUAAACAUCAUGUCAUAAUCUCACAUUUUUUUGUUUAGUAUAACUGACAAUAAUUUGUCCAUUUAUUUUAUCUCACAUUUCUGUGAGCCUUUUUAGGUGUACUUUCAUAUGAGAUGUACUUAAUCAUUUCAAGAGCCUACAAUGAUUCCAAAAAUGAUCAGUUUUCCAAAAUCAGCAACACUUUCCUUACAUUUUGUUGGGGAAAGAAUUACAGUACAUUUUUAAAAUCUCACCUAUUAUUUAAAGCUCUUCCGUGAUAUUUUUUUUUAGAUUUUUAAUAAGUGUCAUUCUUCUUUUUAUAGCACAGUAUAUGAGACAGUUUUGUUUGAAUCGUUUCAUGCUGUGUUGCUUUAGAUUGUCAGUUAUGAUUCGAGUUGAGUUACAACACAAACACUGAGCCUGAAUCAAGACAGGAAAAUGAUGACCUCACUGUAUCUGUGUGUAAGACGAAAAUACAUACGGUGCACGUAACACUACAUAGAUGCUGUCUUGUCUAAAGCUGCACCUGUUGCUGUACUUGGUGUUACUUCAGUCCAGAAAUAAUCAGGAGGCUCAUGAACUGAGUGUAAAUGUUUAGCGAGACUGUUACAGCUACAGUAUUAUUACUGUUCACUACACAGAAGCCUUAUAACCAUGUUUACAGCUCAAAAAAUACUAUCGAGCCCUGUGUCACUGUUUUGGUUCUACAGUUUGAUAGUAUAUGGUACGUAUACAUAUUUAUUGUGUAGCUGCACAAUCGUGUUAACAUUCUCUGUUCAAACCAACCUGAAAUCCAAUAGUUGAUACAUAUGGUAUCACACAUUUGUUUUUGGUUUUUUUUCUCACUUGGUUUUACAGGGAUUUAUAUUUUACAAUCAAUCAAGUCGGAAAUUAAGUUCCCAUCACCCUGUUCUUUUUUUUAAUAGUUGUGAUGUCAGACAUUAACAGCAGCUCACAGGUACACCGACUGUUGGCAGCCAGAUUUUUGCUGAACCUUUUGGUAGCAUGGCACCGAUACCAUGAAGAAAGAUUAAAAAUAGUAAUGUAAAUAUGUAUAUAGUACAUGUAAAAAUGCUCUAAGAACAAAUGUAAUUUGUGCAACAUUUGUGGGAUUGUAUGUCAAUUUUUAUUUGGAAAUUGGAAGUUUGCAUGAAGCUUUUUUUUUUUUUUUUUUUUAAAGUGGGUUAAGGAGGAAACUAGCUUAAUUUUUAAAAAGCUAUAUAAAACCACUGACCAGACAAAGUAUGACUUCAGUUCUGAGUUAAAAGUAUGUGACGUAAUUAAGGUGCUGAUCUUGCAAAAAAUAAUUUUUUAGACUUAACUGCUCGGCAGAUUUGUGAUAAGAUUUUACACAAAGCCACAUCACUCUUUUUGUAUUUUCGUAGCCAUUUUGCUGAGAAUAAAGUUGUAAUAUUUUUACAUUUUCAGCAGGUUACUAUCAAAGAUGAAUUGAUCUUAAUGAACUUGAAUGCUGUUGAAUGUUCAUGUACAAAGUGCCUUCAGAUUUAAUGAGGCUGAUUGAACAAAAUGUUAAAAGCAUUCCAGCAUAUGUAUAGUUUGAAAAACAUUUCUUUUUGUAGAUUCCCUUUUUAAUAGUGUUAUAUGUAGUCUGUAUAAAAGGAUUUUUUGAGAAAAUGUAAUAUAAUGCCAAUGCUAUGUAAUAUAUUGUUGCCAUCAUUUUUAUUAAAACAUCUUUCAGCGCUA